AGCUCAUCAUGGCGGCGCUCGGUGGGAUCUAGCUCCAUGCGUCCAUCUGAUGCUUGUGCUAUAACGGUCACAAAGACGAAACGAUGCCAGCAGCACUAAACCUCAGCAAUGAGGUUGUGAAGAUGAGGGCGGAGGUGAAGCGGGUGAAGGUGCUCAUCAUCCGUAAGCUCACCCGCCAGAGCACAGCCCUGAAGAAGAAGAAAGGGACGGAGGCCGACCUGGAGAGGAACCAGAGGAGAGCGGCGAGGUUGCUCGAAGAGGUCCGUGUGCUGAAAGCUCUCGCGCCGGACGUAAUAACCAAGACCGCUCUGCAAAGUGACAUCAGCUUUGAGAAAGUGUGCCAGAAUAAGGACACCAGCCUGUCGGAACGUGCGACCGCCCGCGUCGCCGCCCACCCUGACUUCAGUAAGAAAAUCCAGAGCAUCAAGACCGCCGUCGAGGCUUUCAAAGCCGAACGGACGGGCGCUGCUGAAAAAAAGAGCGCAAAACAAUCCAGAGACGUGGAUCAGGAAGAGAGUGAUGACGAUCUGGGUAGUGAUGAUGAAGAGGAAUCAGAAGAUGAAGAAUCUGAGUGUGGUGAUGAUCUGACAGAGCAGAUCUCCACAGCAGAAGAGCAAGAAGCUCCAAGUACAGCAAAAGAGAAAUCAUCAGACAGCACACCCCCAGAGGUGUCCAGAAUGAGGAAGGAGGUGAAGAAACUGAGGGUGCUGAUCAUCCGCAAGCUCACCCAGCAGAUCACCGGUCUGAAGAAGCCGACGGCUGAAGAGUCAGAACGUACAGGAAACCAGGAGUGUGCUGCACGGCUCCAGAAAGAAGUCCAAGUGCUGCGGGGACUUCAACCUGACUUUGUUACCAGAAGGGCCCUCGAGGGCAUCGUGGAUCUGGAAAGAGUGUUCCAGGAUCCGGAAUCCAGCCCGGCGGAGAGAGCCGCAGCGAGGAUAGCCACACAUGCGCGGUUCGUGAAGAAGCUUCAGGUUGUCCGCUCAGCAGUCGAUGAGGAAAAAGCCAAGGCGGCAAAGGCUGAGGAAAAAAACAGCAAAGAGGAGGAAAGUGGCAAGGUGGCAAGGGCUGAGGGGAGUAAUAGCAAAGAGGCGGAAAGUGGCAAGGUGGCAAGGGCUGAGGAGAAUAAUAGCAAAGAGGCGGAAAGUGGCAAGGUGGCAAGGGCUGAGGAGAAUAAUAGCAAAGAGGCGGAAAGUGGCAAGGUGGCAAGGGCUGAGGAGAAUAAUAGCAAAGAGGCGGAAAGUGGGACGAUACAUGGUGUAGCUGAUGAGGAAGAUGAAGAGGACGAUGAGACAAAUUUGAAUGAUGCUGAUGAUGGAAGAGAUGAUGCUGAGAAAAGAAAGGCUAAAGAUCCUCCCUUAAAGAGGGUGAAUAUUGUAAAGCGUCCAGUUGAGUCCAGAUCUGCAAAAGACAAGCCAUCCACCACAAAAUCACAUUUAGGAGAGACUGAAAAGGCUUUGAAACCCCCCGGCAAUCUAAAAAGUCCUAAAACUUUAGAAAAACCUGAAGUCAUCCAGAAAAAUCCUUCCAAGACGAAGGAAUCGGCACCGACUCCGAAACAAGCGGCCAAACCUGCGACCAAGAAGCCGGACAAUACGGACGAUGAAGAUGACAGCGAGUCGGAUUUGUCAGAUUCUGAGGAGGAGGAGGAGAAGGAGUAUUUCGACGACAGCACUGAGGAACGUUUCCAUAAGCAGUCCUCCCAGUCGGAGCAGAGCGAUGACGAUGACGACUUCUUCCUCGGCAAAGUAAGCAAAUUCAAGAAGAAACGCAGCUCAUCUAACGCACCUAGCAAGGAGAAAAAUGACUCUGAAAAACCAGCCGAAGGAGAGGACACGACAGAAUCUAGUAAGGCAUCUCAGUUUAAAAUGCAGUCUGUCUUCUGCUCCGCUCUGUCGAAAUCCAGCGGUCCCAAUCAAAAAGGGAAACCAGGAGGACCAAAGCCACCGCGCUUCCAGAACCAGAAACAUUCCGAUGGGAAACCGUCCUGGUUUAAAAGCCAAGACUCUGGAACUGACAAAAGGCCAUUUCGAAAUCAAGGUCCAAGGCAGACUGGUCCAGCAGGUGACCGCAGAGGCCAGCCUUCAAAACCGGCAUUUGACCGACACGAUAAUAAACCAGGCAAGCAGUCGCAACAGGCCCUGCAUCCAUCGUGGGAGGCCAGCAGGAAAAGGAAAGAACAACAAGCUCAGAUCACAGCCUUCCAAGGAAAGAAGAUUAAAUUUGAUCUGGAUGAUUAACCUGAUCUUUUUGUUUACUAAUUCUUCCAUUGUAUGAUGUUAAGCAGUUGUUGAAAAUAUAGCAGGCAGUUGUUUAACAAAUACUCGUGUGAGAUCUGAUGUUUAGUUCUUUAGUUUUGUACAGGAGUUACCAGGCUGAUAUAUCUCACAAGCAAUUGAAGUCAUUAACACAUGCAGAAAGCUUCAUGGUCCUGGUCUGAAUAACAUCGUGGCUUUAUGUCAUUUUAUUUGUAAUAAAUGAUUUUGUAAGUCCAAAGUGGGCUUAUCA